UAAGAACACAUCGCACAUCUCGGAGCCUCUCUGCCUUACAACCAGUGUGGUCUCCUUUGCUUUCCAGAAGACAUCCUUCAAAAUAGAAAUCCGUGCGUCUCAGCGGUUGCACCCUUCCCGGAGCGAUGGGAGAGGCCGAGACGCGACAGAAACUGCUGCGCAAUGUGAAGAAAGAGGUGAAACAAAUUAUGGAGGAGGCAGUAACGAGGAAAUUUGUGCACGCAGACAGCAGCCACAUCAUAUCCUUCUGCGCUGUAGUGGAGUCCUGUGUGCUACACGGACUGAGGCGUCGUAUAGCAGGCCUGCUGUGCAGUAACAAGGUUGCAGCUCUCUUCAUGAAGGCGGCUAAAAGCUUUACCCCUGCUGAGGAACUCUGCCACAAAGUCCAGGAGAUGCAACAGCUCAUUGAAACCAGCAAGCAGAACAAUUCUUCUCAGAGUAACGACCGCAGUCGGCAAUCCAAGUUGGCCAACAUCCCGCCUCAAGCACUGAAACACCUGUGGAUCCGGACUGCUCUGAUAGAGAAGCUCCUGGACAAGAUUGUCAUGUAUUUAGUGGAGAACAGCAGUGCCUACUACGAGAAAGAAGCCAUGCUGUUGAAUCCUGUGGAUGGACCAAUUCUUGCAUCUCUAUUGGUUGGCCCUUGUGCUUUGGAGUACACCAAAGUUAAGACUGCAGACCAUUUCUGGACGGACCCGUCUGCUGAUGAGCUCGUGCAGCGACACCGAAUCCACAGCGGCCACUGUCGUCAAGAUUCCCCCUCCAGGCGGCCUGCCCUGAUCCAGAAGAGACAGUCCAGUGGUAGCAUGGAUGAUCGCCCUCUCAUGUGGGUGAGGGACUAUGUUGAGUCCCUCCACCAAAACUCCAGAACUACACUUCUGUUUGGAAAGAACAAUGUCCUGGUGCAGCCGAAAGACGACAUGGAGGCCAUCCCAGGUUACCUUUCUCUUCAUCAAACUGCAGACCUCAUGACACUCAAAUGGACACCCAAUCAGCUGAUGAAUGGCAAUGUGGGGGAGCUGGAUUCUGAGAAAAGUGUGUAUUGGGAUUAUGCUAUGACGAUUCGUUUAGAUGAGAUUGUGUACCUCCACUGUCAUCAGGAAGUGAACAGUGGUGGGACAGUAGUUUUGGUGAGCCAGGAUGGGAUCCAGAGACCUCCUCUACAUUUUCCAAAAGGAGGACAUAUCCUCCAGUUUCUCACCUGCCUGGAGACGGGCCUGCUACCUCACGGACAGCUGGACCCCCCUCUCUGGAAUCAAAGAGGAAAGGGAAAGGUUUUCCCCAAACUGAGAAACAGGAGUCCGCACGGCUCCUGUGAUUCUGUAUCCGAUAAGGAAGAUGAUGAAUCAACCGAUUAUGUGUUUCGAAUCCUCUUUCCUGGCAAUCAGAUGGAGUUCACAGUGGCCCUGGAGCUGAUGGAGCAGGGAGUGAACAUUUGGCAACCGACGCCCCGAAAGUCCUCAUGCUCCUCCUGUUCACAGAAUGGCUCUUCUGAUGGCUCUCUGCCUAAUGGCUGUAAUCAGGAAAGGGCUCCCUUAAAGCUCCUCUGUGACACCAUGAAGUAUCAGAUAAUCUCCCGUGCUUUCUACGGAUGGCUUGCAUACUGCCGGCAUCUGUCCACGGUUCGCAUACACCUUUCUGCUCUGGUCAACAUCACUAUAGUUGACCCUGAUGUGCCCUGUGAUUCCAGAGGAGGCCUCUCUGUGGAGGUCUGGGGACAAUUCCUCAAAGACAGCUCUGCGUUUGAGGAAGAGGAGAUACACAGGCUUGUGUAUUAUGGUGGUGUGGCUCCUUCACUACGCAAAGAGGUCUGGCCUUUCCUGUUGGGACACUACCAGUUCACCAUGACUGCCAAAUGCCGACAAGAGAUUGACGAGCAGAUGCGGAUCAUGUAUGAGCAGAAGAUGAAGGAGUGGCAGGGAUGCGAGGCCAUCGUUCUUCAGAGGGAGAAGGAGAAGCAUGCCGAGGCCAUUGCCAGAUGUUUGUCAGCCAGUGUGGAGAGAGGCCCGGUGCAGCGGGACUCCACCAUCAGCACAGAUUCGUCUCUAUGUAGCAGCUCAGAUCCACAGAGUGCCACCUCACAAAGUGAUUCCAGCAACAGUGCACAGGUAUUUGGAUCGGUUGAGACAGUGGAUCAGAUUGAAGCUGAACCCAAAGCUGAGGAAACAGAAAUACAGCACAGUAGUCCACUGAAGGAUAUCAAAAGUGGCACUGCAGAUGCCCCAAAGCUUCCCUCCGGCAGCCCCUCCUCUCCGGGUCUGACAAAUCAGAAAAACAGCCCUCUUGUAACAGAGUCAGCUGCUGGAUCCGCAACCGCUCAGCCGUCAGUGGAAGAAUCAGAAGUCUUACAUGAAAAAACAACUGCAUCACAGGAAGAGGAUGUAAAGGACCCAGUAGCCAAGGAGGAGGUGUUAGAGACAAAGAUGGAGACUGUUUCAGAAGGUGAGGUUAAGGAAUGUGGAAUCAGUAAAUCACGAGAAACACCUGAAUCUGAAGAAAAACCUAAAGUAGAAGAUAAAGAUAUUUCAAUGAGUGAGCUGUCGGAAGACUUGAAAGUAGUAGACACAAAUAUGAAUUUAAGAAGUGUUCCAGAGAGCACAAAUGUUCUUAAACUAGAGACAGAGAUUACUAAUGAAUAUUUCCAAGCACCUCCACUCGGGCAGACCUUGGCUUUUCAAGCACAAAAGAGCAAAGAACUGGACGUGGAGCCUCAAUGUCCGCCUGCAGCAGAAAAAGACACAAGUGAAGAACCGGAAAUAACUUCUGAAAAAAAGGCCUGUACCACAGAGUCAGAGAGAAAGGAUGCUGAAUUAACAGUUUGUGACUCAACUGAAAUCAAAAAAGACAAACCUACAGAUAUUCAAUUUGAGAAACCUGGUUCAAUUUCACCUGUCAGACAAGUACUGAACGCUCUCCAGUCAGCGUCAAGGGGCAGCCUUUCGUUACCGUCCCACUCUCGGCAGUCUCCAGACACAGCAGAUUCAGACGACUCUCCUUCUGCCCUGGAAAUGGAGGACAUACCUGCAGGGACAUGUGUGACCUCUGAGGAUAUCAGUUCUAGGCCUCUGACUGGCCUUUCUGCACCCCCUGUCUCUCUUGCGCAAAGACUGAAAAUGGCAUCAGAGGAUUUUGUCCAAGAUCACCAUCUGGACACAGCCUGCAACACCAGCCCUGAGGGCACCGACCCGGGCCUUUCUGAGGAGGAGCCCGAGAUGGAAAAUGUGCUCGCUGAACCGGAGUCUGCAGAGGUCGGAGGAGGAGGCCCCAAAUUGGACGAAUCCUCAGAAGAACAAACCUAUUCUCAAGAGACACUGGAUAUGUACCUGAUCAACUUGCAUCGCAUUGACAAAGAUGUCCGACGCUGCGACAGAGCUAAUUGGUACUUCACUACUGAGAACCUGGACAAGCUGCGUAACAUCAUGUGCAGGUAAAUGAGUCGCCAUGCCAAAUAUCC